CUGGAUGUGACUGAGGAAACAGCGUGUCUGUGUGUUCACUUUAUUAUCCCCUUCAAAGAAUUAAAGCAAUAUCUUCUCUGGACGGACUGAGAAACCUGGACUACAGAAGAUAUGAAAUCUUCCGGCAGCUUCUCCAAGUUGCUGUUCAACCCACCCAGAACCUGACAAAUUGCACUGGGUCACCAGGAAAAGCAGAUGGAAACAUCAUCUGAAAGUGAAGAGAUGACUGUCACCGGCUGCACUGAGACGCCAGCCGUCCCCCCUAAAAGGCCGCGCUCCAAAUCACCACCUGACAAAUGCAAAAGGGAAAAGUGGAAGGAAGCAGCAUCUGAAAGUGACGAGGAAACGUCGUCUGGCUCCCCUGAGUCGCCAGUCGUCCCACCCAAAAGAUGGCGCUUAAAGUUACCGACUGAAAACCUCCAAAGGUUUCAACAAUUACUUUUCAACUUGAUCAACAAGCUCUGUCCGAUCCCCAGCAGUCCUGUAAAGGACGAACAAGUAAAUGACCAGCUCCAGAAUCGUCCUGACAAAGAAAACAAAAGAAAGAAACGGGAUAAAGAAAAGAUUUCAUAUGUUUUUACACAUUUCUGUGGGAAGACAGAUGGUUACAAAAAAAAUCUUUUUUAUUUGGCAAAUCAUUCAGUACAGAAAUCCAGCUUUUCUCCCAAAACCUAUAGUCAAUUUGCAUUUGCUUUUAUCGAGAUGAAUAAUGGUCCACCUAAGAUUUUUCCUAUAACUUUCCCUGAUGAGAAAGAACACUCUGAGGAAAUUUUAAUUAGACAUAUUAAUAUUUUUCUGGAGAAGAACAGAACCCAUGCGAAGUCUAUUGGGAUUUAUACAGUGAAUAGUCCAUGUUUGAGCAGAUGUUUGCCUAAAAUUAUAUUAGAAUCCUAUAAGUGGCAGGAGUUUGGAAUUCUUACAGAUGUGUAUUUUUCAUCGUACUGGAGAAAAUCUUAUCUCAAAACUAUAGAUGUUUUCAGGGAAUCUUUAUGUACCGAUUUAAGAAGUUGGUCUCCUGACUAUUAUGACAGAAUUGAGGCAAGACCCUUCAAGAUGGAAAUGAGCCUGCAAUGCUUCAAACAGGAAAACUACUUUAAGCCGCUCUAUGAUGCCCUUGAAAAGGUUAAUAAUAAAGACAGAGAAAGUAAAAAGAAGGAGCUUAUCUCUCCUAAAAAGAAACUGUUGGAAGAACUGAAUAAUUCACCUUGCAAGAAAAGAGAAUACACUGAGCUGAUCAACGCAAAAGUAAAUGAUAUAACUGUCAACUUACAGUUAAACAUGGACCACAAAGUCUGUACAGAUAUUGCAGAGUCCAUGAUUGAAAAAGAUUUUCUUACACAUCUACAAGAAACACUGGCAGCGGAUUUAGAACGGGCAGUCGUUCAGUUCUUUCAAAAUCUGUUUCAGGGGAAUAACUAUCCUCUAAAACUUCACCAGACCAACAUGAUAGCUGAACUUCCUGUCUCGAAGGGCAAUUUAAAGUACAGCAAAUUCUCUAAAGAAGAAAGUCCAUUUUAUAGAAGUUUUAUAGAAUGUGAUAAACUUGGUCUCCCAGUAGAUGUCAGUCAGCUUUCCAAAGCUAGACUGAAAUAUGAAGAAAUCAGAAUUGAUUUUAAUACUCUUAAGACCCCAUCUCUGACCAGAAAACAACAUCUGGAUCAUGGAGAGAAAGUUAUUGCUUCUUCAGCAAGUGAUGAGACACUCUCUGAAGAGAUUUUAGGAAGCUGGAAAGAAACUGUCAAACUUAAGUUUGAGUCUCUUGUGAAGCAAAACAUAGCAGAGGAUUUAUAUCGAGCAUUAAAAAAUCAGCUGGAUUUGAGGGGAAAACAUCUGUGUCGCCUGGGAACCAGCGCCCCCUCACCCCAGCAGGCCAUCCCCCCCUCAUGGCAUCACACGAGUCCAGCUGGAGGCCAGCGGCCAGGGUGUCAAGAUCCACGACCGGGGGCUUGACUGCCCACAGCAGAGCAGCGCCUCAUCCCCUCACGUAUAAAAUCAGCAAUAUUAUAUUAUGUUCAUUAUGGGGCGACUAUAUGGCUCGCUUGUUAACAUGUGACCCUGUCCACAUGUCGAAGUGUCCUUGGGCAAGGCACUGAACCCCAAAUUGCUCCCAGUGGAAGGACUGAGCACCUUGCAUGGCAGCCGCCUCCAUUGGUGUGUGAAUGUGUGUGUGAAUGGGUGAAUGUGAUUAACAUUGUAAAGCGCUUUGGGCUCUGCUCAGGCAGGAGAAAACGUGCUAAGUGAAAUCCAUUUACCAUACAAUAUAUAAUGUAAUGUAUAAUGUUUAAUUAAAUAUAUGAUAUAUGCAUAAUAUAUAAUAAGAUAUAUGAUAUAUGUAUCAUGUAUAAUAAGAUACAUGAUAUAUUAUAGAAAUAUUAUCUGUAUGGCUUGGAGAUCUCCAGUAGUCUUGUUUUCGGGCUUUGUUUUUCAAUUGAAUUUACGUUUGUGGGGAGCUGGGUUCGACGGCCCAUUGCGUGGCUGGCUCACUCUCUUCCCCUCUUUUGAUACUUUUGGCUGGGAUCUCCUCCCUCUGUUCAGUCACUUAAAGUCAUUUGUUUAUUCUGGUAUAUGGAAUAAAUGUGUGUGACUCGA